UGUAAAGUGUAAACAAUAUACACUCAACUAAUACGGAUUACGGAAUAAGAAUCUUUCCUAAUCCUUAAGUGCAAAGUUUCUAAAUUACAUUGUAAAAUAUAAUAAUUAGUUGUGUUGCUGUUAAAGAAAACAAUUUACAUGGCUGACGACUUGGACCUGUCCCUAAUUAAUAACUUUGAAGAGGAACUGGGUUCGGUAUUAAGGCAUUGCUGUAGCGCAUCUCAAAAACUGAAACAGUUAACGAGUAGCGAGGUUGAACUGAGUCUAAAGAAUCAAUUAGAAGUGAAUUAUAAUGAAAAUAAUAUUGAUUUAAGCGUAAAAAAUAUUUUGGACAACGUCCAAAAUAUACGCAAAAAAAUUGAUACCAUUGAAUCAACAGUUGACUCUUCAGAUAAAACUUUAUUCAAUUUGAGUGAAACUGUAGAAGACUUUGAAAGCAUUGUAAACACAGUGUUGAAAAAUAAAAACACUAUAUUUCUCAUCGACAUUUUUUGUAAUCUACUUUUUAAACAAUUCAAGUCUCAAGUUAUAACGUAUUAAUAAAAAAAAAUUAACCUAAACAAUUUAUAUAUAUAUUUAUUAGUUCAGUUUUAAAUUAAUUAAAAAUGUCAUUCAAGCGUGAAUGUAAUGGCUCCGAUAGUGAUCUGCUCAAAACUCUCGGGUCUCAAAGGAUUAAAGAGCUGUUAGGAAUUCAAAUACCUGAAGGCAAAGCAAAAUUAUUAUCCAAUGGCAGAUUGACUUGUAUGAUUUGUACUAAUAGACCAAUUUUUGAUACAAUCAACGUACUAUCAAUUCAUAGAAAGGGGAAAAAACAUUUUGUUAGAACUCGGUAAAUAUCUGCAAAGAAAAGAAGAACUAGAUUUGAUAAAAACAAAAAGGCAACAAAAAGAGUACACUAAAUCAUUAGGUGUUACGGUAAAACAUGCAGGUCGUGGCGAAAGAAAGAAGAUGCUAGAUUUACCGGAAAGAGAUGUAUUGGAUAAGUCUGCUUCUUCUGUAGAAUCUACAAUUGUUUCACGCUAUGUAGCCUCAAUGACAAAAAAGCCGUCCCUUAAAAGUGUUCUUAAUCGUGCAAAAAAGCAUCCUUACCAAUGCCUAACUUCAGUGUCUAUUGCUUCUACGAGCAGUUCUGGACUAUAGUCUAACUUCAUUGGCCCUAAAAAUAAACCAACUGAAAUUGGUUGGAUAAAAAAUAAUGAUGGAUCGUGGUCCAAAGAUCCAAGUGCAGAAUUUGAUUCCGACGAUGAUUGGUAAGCUUCAGAUGUGAUUUAUUGAUAUUGGUACAGUUAUAAUAGUUAAAUAUUGCAUGAUGCCGCAAAGAAGCAUUUCAGUCUAAAGUGUGGAAUACGGUGAAAAAUUAUUGAUUGCAAAUUCACUAGCGGACCGUUGUUGCUGUUAGAAUAUAAUAUUUUUUAAAGAAGUCAGUACAUAUUUUCAACGUAAAAUAAUAAUACAGAAAGUCUUUCUAAUAGUGCACAAUGACUAGAAAAAAGAAGCUAGCCAAUUAUCCUAAACGAGCUCAGAAGUCUGAAUGGACUAACCAAAGUUGGUUAGAAAAUGACUUGUCUCAAUCAAUGACAUUAACUACACCUGUAAACAGUUUAAUACAUUUUAGAGAUAUUCCGUUGUAUCCUACGUUUGAAGAUAUAAGAAGCAACCCACCAACGUUAUUUGCAAACAAGGUAAAACGGCCUUAUGCAAAUUGUGAAGAAUAUCUAGACAGAUUUUUUCGUUUAAUGCGUGAAGAUUUCACAUCGUCCAUCAGAGAUGCAAUAUGUUUUUUGAAAAAACCUAACAAAAGUGAACAUGAACGUUUCGAAAUGCAAAGGCUGUGGCAUUAUGAAAAUGUUCAAAUACAAAAAACUAAUGCUACUUCGUUGAAAACUAUGAUUUUUCGUUUUGAAACUGCCACUAGGGCAUUGCAGUUUGAUUAUGAAAGUAGUAAACGUUUUAAAAAUGGCGCUUUGCUUGUACUAACCAAAGACAACUAUGAAACGUUUAGUUUAGGAAUAAUAACAGACACUUUUAAUUUAAAUAGAGGUAUAGUGGGUGUUGAUGUCGUCGACUUUAAGGAAGUCAGUAAAUGGACUCGCGUUGACAUUUUAGAACCAUCGGCUUUCUAUGAACCUUAUAGAUAUGUGCUGGCAGUCUUUCAAGAUAUGUCCGAAAUUAAUUUCCCAAUGAAAAACUAUAUUAUAUAUGGAUGGAAACAAAUCUCGCCCCCUACAUAUUUGGUCAACAAUUCAACAUAUAAUAUAAAUGGCAUUGUGUUUGAUAUUCUAGAUAACAACCAAUGGCCUUCCGCUAAUUCUUUACAAAUGGAUAUAAAUCAAUACGAAGCUCUAAAAGGUGCAUUGACUAAAGAGUUCACUAUGAUUCAAGGGCCCCCAGGAACAGGCAAAACCUACAUUGGUUUGGAAAUUGUUAAAAUUAUAAUUGAGAACAUGUAUAAAACUAAAAAACUGACCAGUCCCAUCUUGGUAGUGUGUAUGACAAAUCACGCUUUGGAUCAGUUCCUUGAAGGCAUAUGGAGAACGACCAAGAAUAUUGCUAGAUUCGGUUGUGGUACCAAGAGCGAUAUUUUGGUCAACUACGUACCUCGCAUGAGCAUUGCUCGCAAUGAUACGUGUGCAGACAUAUAUGUAGGUGCUAAACGAUGUGUUGCUACAACAUUACAGCAAGAGAAUGUGUAUCAAAAAAAUAUCAAACAAGUAACUCGUAAUAUUGGUAUUCUUAGUUUGUCCACACUCAUGGAAGUACUAAUAACAAGAGGCUUCGAUUCUUGGUUUAAUGAUUCCUAUGAUCUAUUGUCUUGGUUGUUCUAUAAUGUCACCGAUGAUAACGGUAUUAACCCAGUAGAUUUUAUGAAAAAAAAUAAACUGUUAUCUUCUUGGUUGGUUAAGUCAAAAAGUGACCAUGCCGGCGAUCAAUUGUAUUGCAUGACAUUAACAAAUAUUAAAGAAUACUAUUCACAAACACAGUGUAAAUUGGACGGUUUGAAUCGUAUAUUCAAUCCUGAUAACAACGAACAUGUUUUGAGAAAACGUGAUUUGGAAUAUACUUUAAAUACCAUAAAAACUAUUGAAAAACAUAUGAAUAAACACUUGAAAUUAGUGCAAUCCGACACAAUUGUUGAGUAUACUCAAAACAUCAACCGUAAUGCAAUUGAUGGGCGACAUCGCUGGUUGCUGUACUAUAAUUGGGUUCAUCUUUAUUUGAUGUUGGAAAACAAUCAUAUAGCGAAUAUCAAAGAUGAUGCACGUCAAAUGAGACGAGAAGUAAAUAAAUUUAAAUCGAUUGGCUUUUUGAAGCCUGUGAAAAAUAAAUUUGUUAUCGGCAUGACAACAACUGCAGCCGCAAGAAAUAGAUACUUAUUAAAGAAUCUCAAGUGUCCAAUUGUUAUCAUUGAAGAAGCAGCAGAAGUCCUUGAACCUCACAUAGUAGCUUCAUUGUCUGAACAUUGUAAACAACUAAUUCUGAUUGGUGACCACAAACAGUUACGUCCCCAAACAGCUAAUCAUAUUAUGGGUCAAAAGUACAAAUUGGAUGUCUCGCUUUUUGAACGAAUGGUUCAUAAUGAUAUUCCUUCAUACAUAUUAGCAGAACAACAUCGUAUGAGACCUGAAAUCGCCGGUUUGGUAGCACCGGCUAUAUAUCCACAUUUAAGAAAUCACCCGUCUGUAUUAAACCGACCUCACGUUCGUGGUGUUGCCUCUGACGUGUUUUGUAUAACACACAAAGCAUUUGAAGAAAAAGAUAUAGAACUAUCUAGUUUUAAAAAUAGUCUUGAAGGUGACUUUUUAGUCGCUUUAGCAGAUUAUUUAUUAAAACAAGGAUAUUAUCCUGAAGACAUCACCAUAAUGGCCAUGUAUAACGCUCAAGUUGUAUAUAUAACCAAGUUAAUAAAUAAUCCACCUUAUGAACAUUUAAAAGAAAUUAGAGUUUCAUCUGUAGACGGAUAUCAAGGCGAAGAGAAUGAAAUCGUUUUGCUAUCGUUAGUGCGCAGUAAUAGUUAUAAUAGCGUCGGGUUCCUGAAAACAAAUAACAGGGUAUGCGUAGCACUGUCAAGAGCCAGGUUAGGCUUUUAUAUUGCAGGAAAUCUAGAUCUACUUUCUAGGGCCAGUAAAUUAUGGGAAAGUAUUAAGAAAUAUUUAUGCAAAACACAAGCUAUCGGCUCAAAAUUAAAGUUAAGAUGUACAAGUCAUAACAAAGUGUUGGGAGAAGUGUCUAGUGCUGCUAAUUUUAUGAAAGUUGGUAGUUGUAAAUCAAUUUGUAACGUCGUCCUAUCUUGUGGUCACAGAUGUACAAAAAAAUGCCAUGCCGACGAUAGUGACCAUUUGCAAGUGAAAUGUCCACACCCUUGCACGAGGAAAUGUUCAAGAAAUCACAAGUGCAAACAUAUGUGCUAUGUGGAAUGUAACAACUGUACAGUGUUCACAAGAGAACUUGGAGAGUGUGGGCACUUAAUUGAAGGUCAAUGCCAUAUUUUCAAUCAAAUCAAGUGCAACGUCAAAGUCAAGGUAAUGUUGGAGUGUGGUCACGAAAUUGAAAAAUUGUGUCAUAAGCCUCCAGUUUGUGACAAAGCCUGCGAGAACCUGGCUCCCGGUUGUUUGUUCCGACAUGCGUGUAAAAACAAAUGUGGCCAAGUUUGUGGUCCAUGUACAGCUCCUAUUCCGAUAAUAAUGUACUGCGGGCACACUACACAAAUUUUGUGCUCGCAAGAAACAAAUUCUGCUGUAUGCAAGACGCAAGUGAGACGUCAACUGCCGUGUGGACACCAAACGAUGGUUUCUUGCACUGAAGACGUAUUGAAUUUAAAAUGUCAAGAUAAAAGCCAUAAAAAUGAUAAUGUUAUGAAAAAACCUAAAGCUGUUGUUCUGGUGGACCGUACAAACGUACAAACUGAAGAGAUUGUAAAAAACAAAAUUAUUUUUCCAUGUGGACAUAAAGGCCAUUUGAAUGUUCCCAACGGUUCAAGUAUUAAUGAAAAUUCCAAUCCAGAAAUAUUGGCUAAAUAUUGUGACAAAAUAUGUUCUAAGAAACGAGAAUGUGGACAUUACUGCAAAGCUAUGUGUAAAGAUUGUCCUUCAAAAAAACAGCAUAAGGCUUGUCAUAGUUGCAAAAGGAAAAAAGUUUUCAGUUUAAAUACUGUUUCCUCUAUAAAGUUUCAUGUUAAAGACAAAAAACAGUCUAAGAAGAUGAUUGUCGAUGAACAUAGAUGGACGUAUUUCUUCGGCGGGACAAAAAGGAUUCUAAAUAAACGACAACUGAAGUAUAUAAUCACACACGGUUUCUACUUGUAAUCGAUAAUUCUCAAGCUGUUUGUUUCGCCAACAAACCUACUUACGGCUUCAUAAAGUACCUAUGUUUAUAUAUACACUUAUAUAAUAUUUACGUAUGUAUUAGAGUGGAUCAAAUUUUUGUAUUGUCUUUAAAAUGCGAGUAUGCUUAAUUUCAACUGAAUUGAACGAUAAGAACACGUGCCUUCCGAACCCCAACCA